UUGUCAUCCCGGCUGCUUCUUAGUGUGGGGUCACCACCUCCCUUUCCUGGUGCUUCCCCUCUGGAGGUUUAAGCUUGUGUCUGCCCUUGAGCUAGGUGGGACAGUCCAUGCAGGGGAACAGUCCCAAGACUGCCUUCAUGGCCACCAUGGCCUGCCCUGGUGGAAAUAGUGUCCUCCUGCUGUGGGAGGGGGCACACCCAUGGGACAGGGCAUCCAUGGCCCUGGGAACUGCCCAGGAGGGUAACAGUGACGUGUAACUGUCCGUCCCUCCCCCAGGUCCUGUGCCGGUGGCUGGUGCCCAGCGCAUUAACUGUCCCGGCACAAGGCAGUGUUGGCCUCAUCUUACAAGGGGGGAGUUCUCAGGAGGGUUGAACAAUGUUCCUGCUGCCGGGAAUAGCUGCCAGCUCUGCUUGUUGGCUCCACGUGAGGCCAGUCUCCUGCUGCCAGGCUGCCAUGUGCUGUGGGGGAGGCCAGGCAGCCUCGGGGACCCUGGCAGGGCUGCUCGGAAUGUUCCACACCUGAGGUCAUCCUCUAAAGCAGCACAGAGGGGCCAUGACUCCUGGCAUCCCAUGCUGGCUGAGAGACUUGAGAGAACCCAUUGCCUCCCUUUGGGGUGGGCAGCCUCCCCCCCCAGGUCCCCACCCUGCCCAAGGUGCCAGGGAACCUCGGGCAAUGUUGGUGGCUGCUGCAGCAUCUGAUCGGACAGAGAUGGGAGCCAUGGGAGCAUCUUGCUUGCCCAGGGUGAGUGGCACAGGCAUAGGUGCCAUGCCUCUGGGACGACCCUGGAUCACGUCCCUGUUCUGCUGAACCUCUCUUGACUGGCUGUCACAGGUUCUGCGCACCGCAGCUCCCCGUAACAAGCACAGCUGUCCUGGUCAACCCAGGGUGUGUGUGGGGGGGCCUCUUUAAGAGGGUGUGGGGCUGGAGAGGUGAGUCAGGGCCAGAAAGCAGGAGGGUGAGCUCAUGGCAAAGCUGCCCCAGUCAUGUGGAGCAGCCACAGCUGUUGGUGCCCUUGGGCUGUGGGACAGAGGGGCCAGCAGCAUAAAGCCCCACGGACAGCAAAGCCGCCGGCAGCACCAGGAACCAGGACUGGGAGCUCCCUGCCUGUGGUAGCAAGAAGAAGAGGACACAUCCUCCACAAGACUGUGCACUGCAGGCUGACAUGGAGCUGGAUGUGGAACGGGCCAAGGAGCUCAUCGAGCAGAAGCUGGCAGAGGAGGAGAAGGAGGAGGGACUCAGAUGUGAGGAGGCUGGCACCGACCUUGCCAUCCUGGGGGAUAGAUGAAGGUGUCCAAGGGCUCUCAGGGGGAUCAAGUUCCCAACCCGGCAGCUCUAGCCCGUGAGGCAGAACUGAGCAACCGGCAGGUGCCCAGAUAACCAAGCAGGGUGGGCAGGCAAGCUCAAGCCCGAGGGCUGCCAAGCACCCCGCAGACCUCAGCGGCGAGUGGAGCCAUGCCCAGAGCCACCUUCCCCGGCAGGCUGAGGAUGGAGGCAGUGGGGCUGCUCUGUGCCCAGGCAAGACCAUGCAGCACCCGCUGUGCCUGUGCAGAAACUCAAAGGGGAUGGAGCACGGGAGCCGCCGGCCGUGGAGCGGAUGAACACGCCUGAGCUGGAGGAGGAGAAACGCCGUGGGCCCAGGAACUGGGGCCUUGAGGCCAUCAAGGGCCAGGAGAAGGUGCGGAGGAGUUCAGUGGAUCUGAGGCGGGAGAUCAUCGACGUGGGGAGCAUCCAACGACUCAUCGAGCUCCGCAAGCAGCGCCGGCAGCGCCGGGCAGAGCGGGCAGCCACCCCCGAGCCCACUCCACCACCUGAGCCCCUGGAGAUUGAUGGUCCUGUGGAGCCAGAGACCUUCCUGCGAGCCGCUGUCCAGGGCAAGAUGCACGUCAUUGAGAAGUUUCUGGCAGACGGUGGCUCCCCUGACACAUGUGAUGAGUUCCACCGCACAGCCCUGCACCGCUCCUCACUGGAGGGACACAUGGAAAUCCUGCAGAAGCUGCUGGACAGUGGGGCCACUGUUGACUUCAGGGACCGGCUGGACUGCACUGCCGUGCACUGGGCCUGCCGGGGUGGGCACCUGGACGCUGUCAAACUGCUGCAGGACCGCGGGGCAGACCUCAAUGUGAAGGACAAGCUGCUCAGCACACCCCUUCACGUGGCCACCCGAACCGGACACCUUGACAUCGUGGAGCAUCUCAUCCACUGCGGGGUGGAUAUCAAUGCCCCAGACAGGGAGGGUGACACAGCGCUGCAUGAUGCCACACGGCUCAGUCGCUACAAGAUCAUCAAAACGCUGAUCCUGCAUGGCGCUGACAUGAUGGCCAAGAAUGAGGCUGGCAAGACCCCGACAGACCUGGUGCAGCAGUGGCAGGUGGACACACGCCAGGCACUGGAGACCAAGGAGCAGCCGCAGGGGGAGAUGGAGGUCCCUGCGUGACGGCACCAGGCAGGGACCAGGGGCUGGGCCCAGCUCCAAGGAGCAGGAUCCAGACAAGGCUUGUCUGUGUCAAUAAAAGUCAGCAAACAGCAGUGUUUGGCUCCAGUGGGCUUUGAGGGUGGGCAGCCUGCACCAGCGUUGAUGGGCCUAGGGAAGCUGGGUUAUCCUGGAGCAGGUUAUCUGGCAGCAUGAUGAGCCCUGCCUCCUACCACUAGGACUCAAGUAUUGGUGACACCAAGCAGUUCAAGGGCAGGACUCCUCCUCGCUGCAGGAGUCCUGACUGCUCACAGUCCUGCGAAGUCCCACCUGGUCAAGCUCAGGGAGGAAAAAUACAUGGAGGACAGGUUGACCUGAGUCGGUGUUGUGCUGGAGGCUGGGGCUGUGCAGAGAGCAACAGCUGUACCCGUGCUGGACAACCACUCUGUGGAGCUGGAUAGCUUCUUGUCCUUCUGCCUUUCCUGCUGCAGCCAUCCCCAGGGGACAUGUGGUCCCUUUGCACACACGCUGAGUGCAGCGCUCACUGCUUCCCUAUAUGGAAAUGCUCACACUCACUCGUUUACAGGAGGCCCUACACUGACAGCUGGAUCAGGUGAUCCCUGACCAAAGCCCUGGGACUGCUUGCAAUACCAGGUCCCUCCCUGGCCUUGCAGCCCAGCCCUGUACGAGGCAGAGGGAUGGCUGCCAGGGUUGGCAAGCAGAAGGGAAAGCCACGG